AUGAACCCCCACCAGCAGAACAAGGUGGACAUUAGCAAAAUGUCGCCUGAGGAGGCCAAGCUCUUCCGCCUCUACGGCAAGCUCCCGAACAAGAAGGACCUGCUGCAGAACAAGCUCAAGGAGCGCAAGUACUUCGACAGCGGCGACUACGCCCUCUCCAAGGCCGGCAAGGCCUCAGACGCCGGCGUCACCCAGGUCGGUCGCGAGCAUCCUAACCCCGAGAAGAUCCCACACAUAGCCCCGCCCACACCCGUCAACGGACAGCCUCCAAGCAGUGGAGACUUGAAAGCGGGCAGCCCGUCAAAGGAGGGUGGCACCUUCCUGCACCGCGAGACCAGCUUGAACCGUGAGACUUCUGCCUCUGACUUCGUCGAGAACGCAGAGCCCAAGACUCAGCAGGCUGCUCAAGUCUAA